UUCACUAGCAGUUAAUGUCUCCCAUAUCCGAUUCAAGACAUGUGCCAUUGCUUUGCCAAGACUUCUUGCCUGUUCAGUAUCUGAGAUUGUAAAAACAAGUCCAGCGGAUAUCUGCUGCCAUGUUUGCCUGCUGUGUUGCUCUGGGGACCUUUGUGGCUCUGGCUCUUUUGCCCGCAGUCGCCACGCAGGUCUGUACUUCCACGGGAACCCCAGGACUGCCAGGGAUUCCGGGGUUUCCUGGGCGUGAUGGCAGAGAUGGAGCGACGGGGGAGAAGGGGGAACCAGGGCGGCCAUUCCAAACAGGACAGGUAGCGGAGAAGGGAGAGAAAGGGGAGAGAGGUCCAAUGGGCCCAACGGGGAAGAUUGGCCGCACUGGGGCGAAGGGCCAGCCGGGCCUGCCCGGUCCAGUAGGUCCGCCUGGAGACAUGGGCCUGUCGGGGGUCUACAGCCUUGCCCAGCAGUCCGCCUUCAGCGUGUCCCGUCGCACAAGAACUCACCCAGUCCGGAAUACCCCGGUGCGCUUCAGCAACAUCAUCACCAACGUCAACAACCACUUCGACAUGGACUCGGGCAAGUUCAUCUGUCACAUCCCCGGGACUUACUACUUUGUGUACCACACCUCCUCGGAGAGCUCUCUGUGUGUGGUCCUAAAACGCGACGGUGAGAGCGUAGCCAGCUUCUGUGACCACCUGUACAACACCGUCCAGGUAAGCUCCGGAGGGCUAGCUCUGUACCUGAGGAAGGAUCAGAAGGUGUGGCUGGAGACCACCGACUACAAUGGCAUGAUUGGCGUGGAGGGCAGGCAGAGUGUCUUUUCUGGCUUCCUGCUCUACCCACACUGAGAGACACUGGCAUCUAAGCAAUACUCAGUACUCUUUCUGCUGCAUCCUGAUUACAUUUCACAUCAGUGUUAGUCCUUAUUGCGGUGCUACGUAUUACAGCAAUGUUAACAUGCUUGACAUUUAAAUGACACUUAGAAUGCCUAUGUGCAUGCAAGAUGCCAACAUGAGACACCAAUGCAAAAAUAAUGCAAAUGCAGAAAGCCUUCAUUAAAUGGCUUUCAGGUCCACCAUUAUGUUAACCUUUCCAUGAAACAUGUUAAAUAAAUCAGUACAUUGCAGCUCUGUAUUGGUCUUCUUCUUGGUCCAUGUUACUGUCUAAAAAUAUUUAGUUAAUGGAUUAUCAGUAUGCUGAUGUCCAUAUUUUGGAGAGCAGAAAUGCAAUGAGCCUUAC